AUGCUUCUCACUUCGCUCGCCACCGCACUUGCGUGCUCGCUCCUCGCCUCGGCGUCGGGCAUCAGGCCCCGCGCAGGCGCCACGCUCACCCUCUCCCCGGACAAUGUUGUCCAGUGCAAGAAUACUGUCAUCUCAUGGACGGGCAAGGGACCGUUCGCGUUCCAAGUCGGCGCGUGGCGCUCCGAGAAUGGGGUUGAGUCCUUCCUUGUGAACCACGCCGAGUCGUUCACCAACGCGACAAGCUACAAGUGGCUGGUGCCGUACGCUGUCCAAAGCAGGGUCGGAAUCCAGCUCAUCACAGCCGAUCGCCAGGUCAUCUGGCGCAACCUCACGGUGGUCGGCACGCUGCACAACGAUGACAGCUGCCUCAUCCCGACGGGCUUCACGAGCAGCGCGAAGCCCAGCGUCACCGCGACCCCGACCAAGCCUGUGUCCUCGCCCCCAGUGAGCAGUUACAAGCCAACGACGACCAGCGCGUCCUCCCCGCCUCUGGCCACAGCACCCAACUGGUUCCUGGAGUGGAAGGGCGACUUCUGGCGCUGCGAGUACAACAACAUCGGGUAUCAGGCGCCGCGCGGGUCCCAAGCGACGCCGACUCUCAUCAUCAUUCUCCAGGACGGCAGCAGGGUUGUCAAGGAUUUGCAAACUGGUGCGGGAUUCUACGGAUUCCAAGUCAACACUUCGUCGCGGUGGAUCUCGGCGUACAUCUAUGACUCCGAUGGGAACUAUGGCGUGCUUCCGCCAAAGGAGAUCACGGGGACCGACACGAGCUGCCUCAAGAAGUGA